AAAACGGGGUUAGGACUUAGGGUGCUCUACGAAGAAACAUGGCACAAUUAGGAUCCGUGGGAUUCGCAUUCUUCGCGUUUUGUGCUCUAAUUUUGACGGCAGUGUCAGCGGGUCCUAGCUCUAGACUCCCGGCGGAAAGUCUCCCCGUACCACGGCUGAGCGUGAACCUCGAUUCUCCUGCAGAGGAGCGAUGGGGUCCCGCAUUGCACCACUGGAAUUUGACUAAAAUGAGAACUCUUUUUAUUGGGACAAUUGAACAAAUGGUACCCAAGGAAGCUCUUCCAUUGGUAGACCAGCUUGGUGAUGUCUUGGAUGAACUCCUCCCGGCCCCUUACUCAGGAGAAAUCAGGGGAGUUGCAAAGACCAUAGGAAUUGGUGUCGGCGAGAUGGCUUUCAUUAAUAUGAUCUAUGACUUUACAGCAGCCUGUACAAGCAUCGUUGCCCAGGAUGCAAAUGGUACCAUCUGGCAUGGUCGUAACCUCGAUUAUGGUUUCUCAACUUCCUUGAGUAAUGUCACAGCUAUCAUUGAUUUCAAGUCACAGGGAAAGACUGUUUACACAACCACUUCCUUUGUUGGUCAAGUGGGAGUUUUCACAGGAAUGAAACCAAAUAAAUUUACCAUCAGUCUGAAUGAGAGAGAUCAGGGAGGUGUGUUUAAGAAUGUUGUUGAGUUGUUGAAGGCCAUACUUCUGAAGGAAGUCAAGUUUACUACCUUCGUCUUGCGAGAUGCUCUUGCCAAUGAUAACAGCUUCGAUGAGGUCGUUCAGAGGUUCACCUCUCAAGAAGAGGUCGCCCCUGCGUAUCUCAUCAUUGGAGGAAUCAAACCGGGAGAGGGCAUGGUCGUCACCAGAGGCAGGGAGACAACUAUCGAUGUAUGGAGAUUGGACCUCUCAGGAAAUAGAUGGUUCCUGCUAGAGACCAACUAUGAUCACUGGGUACCACCCCCUAAAUCUGACGACAGGAGAGAUCCUGGAAACAAGGCCAUGAAUGCAGUAGGAGAGAAAAGCAUCAAUAACAACACAAUGUGGAAUGUGUUAUCUACUCAGCCAGUAUUGAAUGAGGACACCAUAUACACUGCCUUGAUGUGCGCUGCUAGGCCAGAGAUCUACAGUACACGUCUGAGGAAACUCCCCGAUCAUUAAUACUCUGUUUUUUGAAGACUCAAUUGAAAGCCUGCCUCUUUAAUCAGCAAUAAAUCAAAGAUUAUUUUGCUUAUAUUUGCUACAUUAUUCCUCAUAUAAUUUGUUGUGUUAUUCCUCCCAUCAUUUUUAUUGAAUUCUUGGUAAAGCAGUUUUUCAUCUUGCAUUUCAUACUUUUGCUUUAUUCACUUGGUGUAGGCUUGUAUAAUAUGUUUUGUAUUUUUUAAACCCCAUAUCUUAAUCGAGUGAAAUAGAGUGAAAUGUACAAAUUUAUUUUGCGAAUUCACUCUUGGCCAGUUAAUUUAUGUGAGUUCAAAGUUCAGAAUAUAACUUGCCAUUGAUUAAAAAUGUUUAUGAAAUGGGGUCCAGAGUGUAUUAAGCUUACAUAUUGUAAUGUCAUCGCUUGAUUUUCAUCAUGUUAUACAGUCCUAAUACAAAAAUUUUAUAAAGCAAUUUAUUUGGAUUUAUAAAGCAAUCUUGCCCAAGGAUACAAGGUGAUGCUAUUGUUACCCCCAGCUUUAGCUGCGCUGCCUGUGUAGGCGCUCAAGCAUUCAAGGAAUUUAUUCCUACUCAUUACCCAUUCAACUCUCCUGGGUUGAGUGCAGCACAAUGUGGUUGAAUUUCUUGCUGAAGGAAAACACUGUGGCAGGGAAUCGAACCGACGUCCCUCUGAUUGAAAGACAAGUGUUUUAACCACUAGACCACGGCGUCCCCAGAUAUGAGGAGUAUGAAGUGAAUAACAAGUACUAGUAUUCUCUAUUGAUA